UUCAAUGAAAAAUAGCAGCAACAGCAUAUCAAUACACACACAAACAGCAAUGGCCAUCCUAACAAUCUUGAUUCUCAUUCUUAUUUCCACAGUAACAGAAGCUCAGAGAAGAUCAUCCAACAUCACCUUAGGCUCUUCCCUCAUACUCACCUCCAACUCCACAUGGCCUUCCCCCUCUGGCAUCUUCGCCUUCGGAUUCUUCCCCCAACACGUCAACAGCUACGCUGUCGGCAUCUUUUUUUUUCCUGACAAAACCGUCGUCUGGACUGCUAAUCGGGACACCAAUCCAACCGUCCCCAACGAUGUUGUCUCCCUGCUACUAUCUACCGACGGCAGGCUAAUCCUGCGCCGGAGGCAAGGCCAAGACGUAGACGUCAUCAACCCCUCCACAGCCAUCACAUCGGCCUCAAUGCUCGACAACGGCAACUUUGUUCUCUACGAUUCCGAAUCCAGAAUCAUCUGGCAGAGUUUCGACCACCUGACCAACACGCUCCUCCCCGGCCAGCGCCUCCCGCCCGGGGAAGAGCUCUUCUCCAGCGCCUCAGAGACCGACUACGGGAAAGGGAUUUUCAGGCUGAGGAUGCAGACCGAUGGAAACCUCGUGCAGUAUCCUGUCGACACGCCCAACACAGCGCCUUACGCUUACUAUGCAACAGGCACAAACGGAGCAGGUAGUAACAUCUCUCUUAACCUCGACAGCGACGGCCGUCUUUAUCUGCUCAACGGUAGCUUGCCUCUGCGGAAUAUAACCAAUGGUGGAUUCCCUACGCAAGGAUACGUCAAUUUCAUGAGGCUCGACGUUGGAGGAAUCUUCCGCGUCGACUCUCUGUCUCUUGAUGGGAUCAGGAAGACGAGAUGGUCCUCCACCUACGACGAGUGUCAUCCCAAAGGUUUCUGCGGUGUCAACUCCUUCUGCAUUCUGAUGGAUAAUGUGCCGGAAUGUAAGUGUCUUCCCGGUUUCGUCUCUGCUCAUUCCGGCAACAACACAGCCGGAUGUUCUAGAACCUUCUCCAUGCAGGGAUGUCCCAUAGUUGAUGGUGGAUUGAAGUACGAAAUGAAAACAAUCGAAAACACGGAAUGGGAGGAUAACUCGUAUGAGAGUUUGAAAAUGAUGAUAAGUGAAAAGGAGUGCAGCAAAGCAUGCCUCGAUGACUGCAGCUGCGAAGCAGCCUUCUUUAAAGAUGGCGAAUGCAAAAAACAGAGGCUUCCGUUAAGAUUCGGAAGAAGGUCUCUGCGAAACUCAAACAUGGCUCUUGUUCGCGUUAGUACAGCCAUUGUACCCGACACGGGAGGCGAUUCCGACCAUAAAAGAGUCAUCAAGAGUGAACAGCGUAGUGACAUCCUCAUCACCGGCAUUGUGCUUAUGUUUAUAGGCGUCUUGGCCUUGUCGAUUUCUGUGAUCAUCGCUCACAAGAAACGGAAGGAAUACAAGAAGAUCAGCAAGGAAGAUGAAACUAAUUUCGCGGAGGGCAUUUCGUUGCAAGUGUUCACAUUUGAGCAUCUGUUCGAAGCAACAAAUGGCUUCAAGGAAGAGGUGGGGAGAGGAGCAUCUGGCACGGUGUUCAAAGGGGUUCUGCAGAAUGGCCAGAAAACGGUGGCAGUUAAGAGGUUGGAGAAGGAAUUCGAACAAGGAGAGAUAGAGUUCCAGACGGAGCUGAAGACUAUUGGGAAGAUGUAUCACAGGAACCUAGUCCGGCUCCUAGGUUACUGCUUUGAUGGAGACAACAAACUGUUGGUGUUUGAGUACAUGAGCAACGGAUCCCUUGCAGGCAUACUUUACAUUGAAGAGAAACGUCCGAACUGGGAGAAACGGAUGGACAUCGCUCGAGAUAUAUCGAGAGGGAUAUUGUAUCUGCACCAAGAGUGCGAGACACAGAUCAUUCACUGCGAUAUAAAGCCUCAGAACAUACUGAUGGACGAGAACUGGUGUGCCAAGAUAUCGGAUUUCGGGCUGGCGAAGCUUCUUAAGCAAGACCAGACUAAUACGUAUACUGAGAUAAGAGGGACUAAGGGCUAUGUAGCGCCAGAGUGGUACCAAAAGCAGGCGAUCACGGUGAAAGCAGAUGUUUAUAGCUUUGGAGUGAUGCUGCUGGAGAUCAUAUGUUGUAGAAAGUGUGUUGAUUAUAGCAAGAGUGAGGAUGAGGCAAUUCUUGAGGAAUGGGUUUACGACUGUUAUGCAACAGGGAAGAUUCGGAGUCUGGUGGGGGAUGAAACGGUGGAGGGGAAGAAAGUGGAAAGGAUGGUGAAGAUAGGGAUUUGGUGUGUGCAAUAUGAUCCGUCACUGCGUCCAACUAUGAAGAAAGUUUUGCUAAUGUUGGAGGGAACUGUCGAGAUUCCCAUACCUCCAUGUCCGACUUCCUUCUUAAGUUCAAUCUAGCUUUAGUUUACAAUACGAGUGUGCUCUAAUGUAAUUUGUUCUCUUUAUUCUAAUAAUGUCCUAUAAAUCUUUUAAGGUCUAAUAAUAAUGUAAAAGUAUGCACUAGAAAAUCUUUUUAAU